CGGGGCGGCGCGGCGAGGGCGGGGAGGCGGCCGGGGAGGAGCCUGCGCCCGCCCGGAGCGGGGGCCAAAGUGAAAGUCCUGGAAGUUGCGGGAGCGGCGCGCGCGGAGCCGUGGCGGGCUGUGCGCCCUCGGGCGGACGCGGCCCGCGCCCAUGGCUCUGAGCAAGGGGCUGCGGCUGCUCGGGCGGCUGGAGGCGGCGGGGGACAGCAGCGUCCUGCUGGAGGCGCGCGGCCGCGGGGACUGCCUGCUCUUCGAGGCCGGCACCGUGGCCACGCUCGCUCCGGAAGAAAAGGAGGUCAUUAAGGGAGAGUAUGGGAAGCUCGCUGAUGCUUAUGGCUGCCUGGGGGAGCUCAGGUUGAAAUCCGGUGGCACUUCCCUGAGCUUCCUGGUGUUGGUGACAGGCUGCACAUCUGUGGGCAGAAUUCCGGAGGCCGAGAUCUACAAAAUCACUGACACCGACUUUUACCCUCUUCAGGAAGAGGCCAAGGAGGAGGACCGCCUCACAGCCUUGAAGAAGAUCCUCAACUCGGGGGUCUUCUACUUCUCGUGGCCCAACGACGGGUCGUGCUUUGACCUCACCGUCCGGGCGCAGAAGCAGGGCGAUGACAGCUGCGAGUGGGGCAACUCCUUCUUUUGGAACCAGCUGCUGCACGUGCCGCUGAGGCAGCACCAGGUGAGCUGCUGUGACUGGCUGCUGAAGGUCAUUUGCGGGGUGGUAGCCAUCCGCACGGUGUACGCCUCGCACAAGCAGGCCAAGGCCUGCCUCAUCUCUCGCAUCAGCUGCGAGCGUGCCGGCGCUCGCUUCUACACCCGUGGCGUCAAUGACGAUGGCCAUGUGUCCAACUUCGUGGAGACGGAGCAGACGAUUUACAUGGAUGAUGGAGUGUCGUCUUUUGUCCAGAUCAGAGGCUCGGUUCCACUGUUUUGGGAGCAGCCAGGGCUUCAGGUUGGCUCUCAUCAUCUGAGACUCAACAGAGGCCUGGAAGCCAACGCCCCUGCUUUUGACAGGCAUAUGGUGCUUCUGAAGGAGCAGUAUGGGAACCAAGUGGUCGUGAACCUGCUGGGGAGCAGAGGCGGGGAGGAGGUACUCAACAGAGCCUUCAAGAAGUUGCUCUGGGCUUCCUGCCAUGCUGCUGACACGCCUAUGAUAAACUUUGACUUCCAUCAGUUUGCCAAAGGCGGCAAGCUAGAGAAAUUGGAGAACCUGUUGAGGCCCCAGCUGAAACUCCACUGGGAUGACUUUGACGUGUUCACCAAGGGCGAGAAUGUAAGUCCACGUUUUCAGAAAGGCACUUUGCGGAUGAAUUGUCUCGACUGCCUGGACCGAACCAACGCGGUGCAGAGCUUCAUUGCGCACGAGGUCCUUCAUCUGCAACUCGAGAGCCUAGGGCUGAAUUCAAAGCCCAUUGCUGACCGCUUCGUGGAGUCCUUCAAAGCCAUGUGGUCUCUGAAUGGGCACAGCCUGAGCAAGAUGUUCACGGGCAGCCGCGCCCUGGAAGGGAAAGCCAAGGUGGGGAAGCUGAAGGACGGGGCCCGGUCCGUGUCUCGAACCAUCCAGUCCAACUUCUUUGAUGGGGUGAAGCAGGAGGCCAUCAGGCUGCUGCUGGUUGGGGACGUCUACGCCGAGGAGUCUACAGACAAGGGAAGGAUGCUCCUGGACAACACGGCCCUGCUGGUGACUCCCAGGAUCCUGAGAGCGAUGACGGAGCGCCAGUCGGAAUUCACAAAUUUCAAACGGCUCCGUAUUGCCAUGGGAACCUGGAACGUGAAUGGGGGAAAGCAGUUCAGGAGCAACCUCCUUGGGACGGGGGAGCUGGCUGACUGGCUGCUCGACUCGCCCACACUGUCCGGAGUCGAGGAAUCCCAGGAUGACAGCAGCCCGGCUGACAUAUUUGCCGUGGGCUUUGAGGAGAUGGUGGAGCUGAGCGCAGGGAACAUUGUCAAUGCCAGUACCACCAACAGGAAGAUGUGGGGUGAGCAGCUUCAGAAAGCCAUAUCACGCUCUCAUAGGUACAUUCUCUUGACCUCGGCACAGCUGGUGGGCGUCUGUCUUUAUAUCUUUGUGCGUCCGUACCAUGUCCCAUUCAUCAGGGAUGUGGCGAUCGACACGGUGAAGACGGGCAUGGGAGGGAAGGCAGGGAACAAAGGUGCCGUGGGCAUCCGCUUCCAGCUCCACAGCACCAGCCUCUGCUUCGUGUGCAGCCACCUGACGGCCGGGCAGUCCCAGGUGAAGGAGAGGAACGAGGACUACAAGGAGAUCACCCAGAAGCUGAGUUUCCCGAUGGGAAGAAACAUCUUUUCUCACGAUUACGUGUUUUGGUGCGGUGAUUUCAACUACCGCAUCGAUCUCACUUACGAAGAAGUCUUCUAUUUCGUUAAACGCCAAGACUGGAAGAAACUGCUGGAAUUUGAUCAGCUACAGCUACAGAAAUCAAGUGGAAAAAUUUUUAAAGACUUUCAUGAAGGCGCCAUUAAUUUUGGACCGACCUACAAGUAUGAUGUUGGCUCCGCCGCCUACGACACGAGCGACAAGUGCCGCACCCCCGCCUGGACAGACAGGGUCCUGUGGUGGAGGAAGAGGCAUCCUUUUGACAGAACAGCUGGAGAACUCAACCUCCUAGACAACAAUCUAGAUGCUAACACCCAAGUCAGACACACCUGGUCUCCUGGUGUCCUCAAGUAUUAUGGCCGAGCGGAGCUACAAGCGUCUGAUCACAGACCCGUGCUGGCGAUCGUGGAGGUGGAAGUACAGGAGGUUGACGUGGGUGCUCGGGAGAGGGUGUUCCAGGAAGUGUCCUCUUUCCAGGGGCCCCUGGAUGCCACCGUCGUGGUCAACCUUCAGUCGCCAACCUUAGAAGAGAAAAACGAGUUUCCUGAGGAUGUGCGCGUGGAACUCAUGGAGACCUUGGGGAACUACGGGACAAUUGUUCUUGUCAGGAUCAACCAAGGGCAGAUGCUGGUGACUUUUGCAGACAGUCACUCGGCUCUCAGUGUCCUGGAUGUAGAUGGUAUGAAGGUGAAAGGCAGAGCAGUGCAGAUCAGACCGAAGACCAAGGACUGGCUGAAAGGUUUGCAAGAGGAGAUCGCCCGAAAGCGGGACAGCAUGGUCUCCCUGUCUCCCACCGCCAACUCCUGCUUGCUGGAGGAGAACUUUGACUUCACAAGUUUGGACUAUGAGUCGGAAGGCGAUAUUCUCGAAGAUGACGAAGACUAUUUGGUGGAGGAGCUGGGUCAGCCUGUGGUCUCAGACAGUGAACUGGGGGGAGACGACCUUUCUGAUGCCCCCAGCUCCACAGCAGCAGCACCUCCCAGCAAGUCACCUGCACUCACCAAAAAGAAGCAGCAUCCGACCUACAAAGAUGAUGCUGACCUGGUGGAGUUAAAGCAGGAGCUGGAAGCAGUCGGAGAUUUCCGCCACCGCUCUCCGAGUAGGUCUCUGUCGGUUCCCAGUAGGCCUCGGCCACCUCACCCGCCGCAGAGACCCCCCCCUCCAACUGGUUUAAUGGUGAAAAAGUCGGCUUCGGAUGUGUCCAUCUCCUCCGGCACCCACGGGCAGUAUUCGAUUUUGCAGACAGCAAAACUUCUGCCAGGAGCACCCCAGCAAGCACCCAAAGCUAGGACUGGGAUAAGUAAACCUUACAACGUCAAGCAGAUCAAAACCACCAAUGCUCAGGAGGCAGAAGCAGCAAUCCGAUGUCUCCUGGAGGCGAGAGCAGGUGCCCCAGGAGAAGCCCAAAAUGCCACAGCCCCGAGGGACCAAGGGUCUUCCAAACCAGAGCCCACAGCAGGGGUGGCCCCGCUCCUGCCCCGUCGGCCGGCACCCAGAGUUCCUGCCAUCAAGAAGCCAGCCUUGAGAAGGACAGGAAAGCCCACUUCACCGGAAGAGCACUUUGGGCAACAGACUGCCCAUUUUACAAUCGGGCCCCCGGAAACAAGCCUUGAAACCCCUUCUCUAGCGACAGUCCCGCCUGUUCCCAAACCAAGAACACUUCAGCCCGGGAAAGGUGCCGAGAGGAAGCCAAGUGGUGGAAGGCCAGCGCCAGACGAUGCCCCUCCAGUGGCUGGAGCCACCAUGCCACCCCCUCCGGAGGUCCCACCUCUUGUGCCCCAGGUCCCCCCGAGGAGGAAGAAGUCAGCCCCCGCCUCCUUCCACCUGCAGGUUCUGCAGAGCAACAGCCAGCUUCUCCAGGGCCUCAGCUGCAGCAGCAGCAGCCCCAGCCGUGACUGUCCCCCUGCACCCCAGCCUGAUGGGGGUGCUCUCCUUCCACAACCGGCUUUUCUUGGCACUUCAUCUGCUGCAAGCCCCGAGACUGAUGGCCCCAAGGAGCUGAAGUCAGAGGCGGCCUCCCUUCUGGGUGAUUCUCAGGAUCCCUUCUGGAGCCUUCUCCAGCACCCUAACCUGCUGAAUAAUGCCUGGCUUCCCAAGACCUCUGACCCCCUGGACGCGGGGACCAGGAACCUUGGAAGGGCACACACAGCCCCACCGCAAGUCCGCACCUCAGCUGCCGAGGAGCCGCCACCGGAGCACAGGCAAAAAGACUUCAGUCACUGGGUGACAGUCAGUGACAAGGACAAGAGGACGGUGCUGCAAGUGUUUGACCCACUGGCGAAAACAUGAGUGGGAAACCUUGACAGCCGCUUUCUUGCAGAACGUGUGCCUUCUUUCCUUAGACAUCACUUACAGGGAAAAGCCCAGAGCCUUGGCCUCAGUCCCCCAGUCAAAAGAGACAUCUAUUUAAAGGCACACUGAAAAAACAUUUGUACUUCUGUAACUCUUGUGUGGUUUACAAAAAAUUGUGUCUCUUAUUCAAUAAGAUUAUUAUUCAGCCACCAAGCUAUGCUUUAUUCCAGACUUGUGCAUUUCAAGUUUCCUCUCAGGGGUAUGGGAAACCUCUGGUUAGGUUCAGUGUAUGAAUUUUAGGAGAGGGAAUCUGGCUGGUAAUACCCAAGAAGUUUUCUCCCAUUGAAUUGUAGAUGGUUGUGCAAUUUAUGUGUGUAUCUGGUGUUUUUAAAAUUUUGUUUGUAUUUUACAGAGUUGGAAUAACUUUUUGGUGAAUCACCUGAAGGUUGAUGCAUAAAGUAAGGAUUAGCCUAGAAGGUGGUUGGGACCAUUAAGAUCUGUACCUGGCCCGCUGACACUGGGUUACAAAAUGUCAGAGUUAGGGGCCGGCCCAGUGGUGCAAGCGGUUAAGUGCACGCGCUCCGCUUCGGUGGCCCGGGGUUUGCAGGUUCGGAACCCGGGCGCACACCGACGCACCGCUUGGUAAGCCAUGCUGUGGCGGCGUCCCAUAUAAAGUGGAGGAAGAUGGGCACGGAUGUUAGCUCAGGGCCAGCCUUCCUCAAGAAAAAAGGGGAGGAUUGGCAUUGGAUGUUAGCUCAGGGCUAGUCCUCACAAAAAAAAAAAAAAAAAAAGUCAGAAUUGGAAGCAGCGGACAGAUCAAGCAAAUGACUAGACUGUACAUUCCUGUGGGCCCUCGUUUAUUUACGCACAUGUAUAUUAACCUUGGUUGUGUGUGAGCCCUGUGGGAGGUGGUGUCUUACACUGUUCUGGGUCUGAAACACAUACCCCAUUAGCUUAACCUGAGCUUAAACUGGCUACAGAUUCCUGUUCCAUGACUUAGACAUGGCAUGCCCCAUACAUUGCUGUAGUCCUGAGCCCUGGUGUGCUACUUGAACCAAUUUUUACACACUGUCUGUUCCCUAUUAAAUGAAACCUUGUGGAUUCUUUAUUCCCCUUGUAUUCCAUACCUGGUAAAAGCACAAAAUGUGAAAACUCGUACUGGCACAUAAUAUUGAUCCUCGUUGUUAUGGUAUGAAGAAUAUUUGGUUUAGCCUGGUCCGCCUGGCUAUAGCUACAGGAAGGAAGGUACCACGUGUCCCUAUAUAUAAGAAACCCCGGGGCAGCAUUGCUGGGGUUUGCUUAACUAUAUGUUUAUUAGGUUUAUUUUUUGCAUAUGCAUUGUUCCUAUACAUUUCCAACAGUACCUCUUGCCUAUUCAAUCAUUUCAUCACCAUACUGUUUUACAUUUUUAAAAUAAUGUUAUAAGGCCUAGAAUCCAUUUGGAGCAGAUAUCAUAUUUUUGUGAAUAAGAAAUUCACUGGCAAAGUCUUGUGUGCCACGUACCAUAUUUAGGAGUCUUUCCUGUCAGAAUCGUACAGCAAUGAUUCUGUGUCGUCCCUAAUGUGACUGGGGAAUUCCUGUGCUAAAUGCUAAUGGUUAGGAUGGCAAUAGUUGUCUUGCCUGGGGAUUACCACUUUCUUUUUACUGAUCAGACCUCUGGGAUUUCAGAAUUAUUUGUCAUUGCCACUGUCAAGAUAUACUGCAGAUGAUUUCAAUCUGGCACUCAAAACAAAGACAAAACUACAACGUUUAUCUCAUUUCAUCUGAAAACUGAUAAAAGAAAAAGGUAUUAGUGACCCAGAGAGAUAAACAGAUAAUACAUGUAGUUGACCAGUCAUAAAAGAUGAUGUUUCUGGCCUUGGCUGAUUAAGGCCCCUUCUGUAGCACUUACGUACUUUAUAUCAUUUUUACCUGUUUAAUAAAUGCAAGAAGUCAACAACGUGAUCCUUGAAAGAGUUAGGGGGAGAAAGAUAGCAAGGUGGGCAAUACGCUCAGAGAAGUUAAAUGAUUUGCCAGGAUUUGCAUUGCUACCAAGGGUGCGAUUGGGAAGGGAAGCAAAGAUUUCUGAAUUCAAAUGCUCUUUUCUCUAUAACCUCUUUUCCCACCAAAGAGGAGGUGAAUUUGAAAGCAGAUACAGGUAACAACCAGUCAGAAAAGCAGAAGAAACAUAAGUACCAUAAGAGUUGCUUGCAAUGCUGGGACUAGGCCUAAUUUUCAGGUUUCUUCUUUGUUCUAGACAGCAAAUAAAUGGUACGGAGAACAGAAUUUCAAUUAAGAUAAGUGCUCAUCACUCAAGUAGCUUUUAAGAAUCCAACAGUAUUAAUACACAAAAUUGGGGAGGCAGGUCACAAGAAAAAUUACAAGUAGUUUAACAAGAAUCGAACAAAUAUUAUUUGAUCAUGGGUGUUCAAAUUUAGUGAACAACAUAGACUGGAUUUUGAGUUGAUAUGUGAGGUUCUCACACCAAGGUUCUCUUUAACAACAAAAAAGGGACAAUUGGAAUUGCCUUAUUUAUUUUUUAAGUGCUUAAUCAUUGGUAGGUUUCCUAGGUUAACAGCAGAGUCGGUUGAAUAAUCUUGAUAAUGAGCAGCUGCCAUCCUGGGGAUUUCUUUCUGUGGUUUUUUUAUUUUUAGUCUGCCUUUGAUGUUCCCACACAGGCCUUUUUUUGUGUGACCUUGCAGUUUAUUUCAUGACUGUUCUGUAAGAUGUUACACUUCGCUGCAGACCGUUUGGGGCACGGUACUUCACAAUUCAACGUUGUCUCUCUGACCCUGAUUAUAUUCCCUUUUACAACAUAAUCUUCUCAGACUUCUUGCCUAUUUUUUAAAUUGGAUCCAGUAAAUGAUUGAAAUUAGGACAUCUGCCCAAGCAAUUCCUGUAAACGUUUAAAGUUGUUGAAGUUCAGGACACUGAAUAAAAUUCUGCUGACAUGCAUAUAAAUGUAAGCACAUUUACUCUAUAAUGAAGUAAUUUCAUCAGAAAGAAAAGCUGCAAAAAUUAUUUAUUGGGUGACUAGCAAUUAAUAAAACCCUGUAAUGUUUAUUUGAAGUGGUAAUUUGUACUGAAAUUGUAAAAAAUACCUAUUAAAUGUUUUGUCUUUUUUUUAA